AUGAUGGCCAAAGUGUGGUCACAACCCUUACACUCGAUGUGUAUCACAGAAGCAAUCAUUGCAACCGUGAUAUACAUCAUGUGUUUUCUUAUAAUAUUGUUAUGUGUCGUAAACGGCAUAUAUGUGGCCAUCAAUGGCCGUGCGUUUACACCACCGCCCAAUUGGUUGAUCACUAUUACCGCGUGGAUGUAUGUCUGCGGUAUUAUAUGUUCAGAUCUACACAUCAUAAACAACAUGACCACUGAUUACAGCCGUAUUAUAUCGGAUCAGUUGACGUACUGGGGGUCAGACAGGGAGGCAGUGGCGGACACUAAACCCCGCGCGUGCUUAAUGUGUGCAAGCGAAUAUAGAAACGGGUGGUAUUCAGUGUACUCGUACUAUAUGGCUAAAGUGCUCGUGGACGUUUUCUGGCAGUUGACAAUACCAUUGCUUUUGAUUGUGCCGGCAUUUGUGGGCACCGGACAGUACUGGGAGACCGAACGCUGGCGUUUCUAUUAUUUUAUAGGCAUAUGUCUACUGCUGGCCCUCUCGUUCACAUCUAUGGGACUAAUAGUGAGCGCAUAUCUCAUGGACUCUCCGACUGCCGUCGCUUUCAUCGGUAUUGUCACCGCUUUUCCGUUAUUUCUCUUUUCAGGCUUUAUGAUCCCGGUGAAAGACAUGCCCAACGGUUUCCGACACUCAACGUGGGGUAAUUUCAUACGCUUUACAUUAGAGGGCACGACAACAGCCAUCUAUGGCUUCAACAGAUGUCGCGCGGAUCCGAUUGGACCGAAGAAAGCGCCCAUAGAUUGGGGUUCACUCAUAACAGAGGAACAGAUGACCGCAAUCCUGGCCUCCGAUCACAUCAAUGCCGAUGCGUUGAUGAAUACAAUGAGUUUGUUUAGCGGUCAGGUGUCAGAUGAGGCCCAGUCUGUCAUAAUGACCAAAAUGGAUUACCACGACAACGACAUGUAUAGAGCAUGUUGA